UUCUUCUCUGAUUGUUUCUAUGCUGCAGGUCCAGUGUGUAACCGGACCUGGGAUGGGUGGCUGUGCUGGGACGACACAGAGGCAGGCUUCACUUCAGAGCAGCACUGCCCUGACUACUUCCAGGACUUUGACCCCUCAGGUGAGCCCACGAAGUUCCCAAUGACAUUGGCUAGAGUUCCUGGGGACAGGGGACCCAUGUCAUUUCAACCCAUAACUCCCAUCAACAAUGCUCAAUUAAAUGCCCAAAAUGUAACUUUUAAUCAUUCUAGCUAUUUCAGAUGUGUCAUGUGCUGUCCUUUUUAAAAACGUUUUUGCAGAUUGUGGCUUCUAUCAAUGUAAUUGUCUGCAUCAUUUCCAAUCUCCCAUAUAUUUUUUUGUAAAUAUAUAUUAUUAAAAAUAUAUAUUUUUAUAUAUUUUCCUUCUUUAUUAUUUUCCCCUAACCCUACCACCCCUCCCCCAAUUGGAGUAAACUAAUGGACAAUAAUACUUAGGUAUCCACUUCCAUCUUAUAAAUACUACAUACAUUUCACGGACAGUAUAUUUUACAUUACCGGUAGUUAUCUUUUGUUUGUUUUUAGUCCCAGCCUUCAGCUACCCUUAACCCCUCCCAUCUAUCUUUGAAGACCAUCCAGUGUUUUUCUAGCUGCCAUAUAUUUUUCCAUUGUGCUGUGAUGUUUCACAAAAGUUCUGAAGCUUUCUAUUCUCAUAGUUUUCUACAGAUUGUAAAUUAAAGAUAAACACCUUUGCUAAGAGUAUUAUUAUAUUACUGAUUGAUUGACUAUGACUUAUCAAAUCACCCAGCAGUGCUAUUUGCAGAGUUAGAUCAAAGUAAAUGCUGAAUUUUUUCAGCCAUUCCUGAACCUGCGACCAAAAACAAGCUACAUAUGGGCAGUACCAAAACAAGUGAUCAAAUGACUCUCUUCGCAGCUAAAUUCAAGCCAAUUUUGGUCUUUAAUGCAGUGCUGACAGACAAGUUCCUUACCUUCUCCCCUUUCCACUUGUGUCACGACUUCCUCCGAAGCUGCCUCCCCUCCUUGUUCGGGCAGGCUUCAGCGUUCGUCGUCACCAGCCUUCUAGCCACUGCCACUCCAUAUCUCAUCAUUCCAUUUGUCUUGUCUUGUCAAUUACACACACCUGGUUCAUAUUCUCCUCAUUAGUAUGUGUUUAAGUGUUCCCUCUGCCCCCUUGUCCUUUUGGGUGAUUGUUUCAUGUGAGAUGAGUGUAGCUCGGUGGAGCUACCUGUACUUUGUAUUGCCGGGGUAUAUUUUCCCUGUGUGCCUGUAUUUUUCCAGUGCGCCUGUUUUGCGCACUGGACUGUUGAGUCUAUCCAGCGUAACUGUGUACUACGGAAUGAACUCUGUAUUCUGUGAUUUACCCUCUUGUGCCUGACUCUUUCAAAUCACACUCUCACAACUUGCCUCCUCCAUAAUGUUUUUUUAAAAUGAUCAAUUAGUAUAUUUGAGUUUAACCAUAAUAUUUGUUCUGUCUUUUCUGGUGGAUUACACUGAAAUUGCAACCAGCUUUCUAUUGCUUGUUUUAAAAAUAGCGAUAUUUUGGAGAUGAUUUCAUUUUCAAAUAACCGAAAGUGAGAGGUUGUAAUCUGAAUGAAGGGGAAAAGGCCAUUCUUGAACACGGGGUGAGCCAUUUUUACUAUUCUGCUAGAGAACCAGUUUGGAUUUAAGUAUAGUUUUUGUAUGACUGAAGCCUUUAGUGAGAGGUCCAUUGCUUUAAUAUUUAAUCAUUUCUGCCCUCCAAAUUCAUAUUCAUUAUAUAAAUAGGCCCAUUGAAUUUAGUCUGGCUUGCUGUUCCAAAUAAAGUGGAAUAUUUUUUGCUCAUAUAAUAAAAAAAACAAGUCAUUAGGUGUAGGCAGGGCCAUAAGUAAAUAGGUAAACUGGGAUAUGACUAAAUCAUUUAUCAGGGUGAUUUUUCCACAAAUAGACAGGUGUUGUCCUUUCCAUGGUAGUUAAAAUCGUAUCUAUUUUGGCAAACUUUCUAUUAAAAUAUAUUGUCGUGAGAUUAUUUAUUUAUUUAUUUAUUUUGGGAUAUAAAUGCCGAGUAUGUCCACUUCACCGUUGGACCAUUUUAUUGGUAAACUACACGAUCAUGUAAAAGUUGUAUUUUUUAGAGAUUCAAUACGUAAUAUGGUGCACUUAACAUAAUUAGGUUUUUAUCCAGAGAGGUUAAAGAAAUUAUCUAGAUCCUCUGAGGCUGUGGAGGGAUCCAAAUUGCGGAUUUAAAAGAAAACAUGAAUCGUCAGCGUACAAUGAGACUUUUUUUUUUAAAGCCCUGGAUUUCUAGCCCCUUGUUAUUAUUGUUGGAUCUGAAUUUAAUAGCUAACAUUUCAAUGGCCAUAAUUAAUAGAUAUGCCGAUAAUGGACAGCCUACUAUUUUACACCUGGGGUUACUAUACAUCACUUUAAACCAUUGUAUAAGAGAUUCUCCAAAAUUAAAAUAGUCCAGGCAUUCAAAUAUAAAUUCCAGUUGUACUUUAUCAAAGGCCUUUUCAAAGUCAGCUAUGAAUACCAGGCCUAGUUUCCCAGAUUUUUCAUUGUGUUCUAUUGUUUCCAGUACUUGUCUUAACUUAUCGCCAAUGUAUCGUCUAUGUAAAAAACCUGUCUGAUUAGGAUGAAUAAUACCCGACAAUACCUUUUUUAAUUCUAUGCGCUAUGCAUUUUGUUAGGAUUUUGGCAUCACAACACUGAUGUGUAAGGGGUCUCCAGUUUAAGGUGGACUGGAUCUUUAUAUUUACCAUCUGGAUCCUGUUUCAGUAAUAGUCAAAUCAGACCUUGCUGAGUGUCUGAUAGUCUACAAUUUUUAUAGGAGUGGUUAAAACAUCAUAAUAACGGACCUUUGAGUACAUCGAAAAAUAUUUGAUAUACCUCAACUGGUGUGCCAUCCAGCCCUGGAGUUUUCCUGGACUUGAAGGCUUUAAUUGCAUCUAGUAGUUCCUCCUCUGUGUCUUUCUGUAUAGCUGUUAAUUUUACACUAUUAAUAGGGGAAAAAAUCCUUGCAGUUAACUUCAGUUAGUGGAAAUGGAGGAGACUGAAAUGAAAACAUAUGCUUAAAGUACUUUGUUUCUUCUUUCAAAAUGUCAUUUGGUGAAUCAUGGAUGAUUCCAUCAUUUGUAACAAGUUUCUGUAAAUUCUUUUUGGUUCUAUUUUUCCCCGUAUUCCAUCCAGUUCGCUUUAUUUUUAUAAUAUAUAACACUUGAUCUUUUUUGAAUAAGUUCCUCCAUUUCUUUUUGUUUUUCCUCCAACUUAUUCUGUGCCUUCUGUGUCAUGUUCUAUCUUAGAAUACUUCUAAAAUUGCAGAUUCAGGGUGUUCCAGUUCACUGGUACCAAGUAGAUAUGCUGUACUAAUAAACCACAGGAUUUUGUUCUAGCCCAGCACUAGCACAUCUGUUUCAAAUUAUCAUCUAAUUAUGGUCAUAAGUCUGGACCACAACCAGUUUUAUCUGGUGUGUUAGUGCUGGGCUGGAACAAAAGCCUGCACACCAUGUUAAAUCAAAUCACAUUUUAUUUGUCACAUGCUUUGUAAACAAUAGGUGUAGACCAACAAUGAAAUGCUUACUUACGGGUCCUUUUCCAACAAUGCAGGGUUAAAGAUUAAAAAUAAAUAUAUUGAAAUAGUGACAUAGUGAAUAACGAAUAACAAUAAAGAGUAAAAAUAACAUACUGGGAGUACCAGUACCGAGUUGAUUUGCAGGGGUAUGAGGUAAUUGAGGUAGCUAUAGGUAGGGGUAAAGUGACUAGGCAACAGGAUAGAUAAUACACAAUAGCAGCAUCGUAGGUGGUGGCCAUCCGUGUAGCUCAGUUGGUCGAGCAUGGCGUUUGCAACGCCAGGGUUGUGGGUUCGAUUCCCACGGGGGGCCAGUAUGAAAAGGUAUGCACUCACUAACUGUAAGUCGCUCUGGAAAAGAGCAUCUGCUAAAUGACUAGAAAGUGAGUGUGUAUGUGGCGUCAGUAUGCAUGUGUUAUGUGUGUGUGUGUGUAAGGGGGUGUCAGUGUAAGUAUGUGUGACUUUGUGGGUAGAGUCCAGUGUGUGUACAUAGUCAGUGCGGGAGAGUUUGUGAAGAAAAAAAGUGUGUGUGCAUAGAGUCAGUGCAAGAGUUACUGCAAAAAAAGGGUCAAUGCAGGUAGUCUGUAUAGCCAUCUGAUUAGCAGUGGGGGUAGAAACUGUUCAGGUUCCAGACUUGGUACCGCUUGCCGUGCAGUACCAGAACGAACAGUCAAUGGCUUGGGUGGCUGGAGUCUUUGAAAUUUUUUGGGGCCUUCCUCUGACGCCUGGUACAGAGGUCCUGGAUGGCAGGGAGCUCGGCCCCAGUGAAGUACUGGGCCGUGCUCACCACCCUCUGUAGCGCCUUGCAGUUUCCGUACUAAGGGUGAUGCAGCCAAGAUGCUCUCAAUGGUACAGCUCUAGAACUUUUUGAGGAUCCGAGGACCCAUGCCAAAUCUUUUCAGCCUCCCACACAGUUGUGCCCUCUUCACAACUGUAUGGGUGUGUGUGGACCAUGUUAAUUCCUUAGUGAUGUGGACACCGAGGAACUUGAAGCUCUCGACCUGCUCCACUACAGCCCCAUCGAUGUGGAUGGGUGCGUGCUCGCCCCUCCAUUUCCUGUAAUCCACGAUCAGCUCCUUUGUCUUGCUGAUGUUGUUGUCCUGGCACCACACUGCCAGGUCUCUGACCUCCUCCCUAUAGGCUGCCUCUCCAGGAUGGGAGUAGGAGACCCUUGGUCUAAUUGAGUGAUAUCAGUGAUAGUGAAAUUCAACCUACAGUGGGUCCCCCAGGAUCAGCAUUGAGAAACAUUGGGUUUGAGGCAGACACAGCAAUCAUUCCUCCAUCUGAGCUGGUUUGGUCGUUUUGAAUGGGAAAGUCCUGUCAAUUUUUUUAUAAAAUGCCUUUUCCAAUCUACGUUCCUUUGUAUUCAAGCCCCAGAGUUUUCAGAAGCUACAGUUGAAGUCGGAAGUUUACAUAUACUUAGGUUGGAGUCAUUAAAACUCGUUUUUCAACCACUUUUUGUUAACAAACUAUAGUUUUGGCAAUUCGGUUAGGUCAUCUACUUUGUGCAUGACACAAGUAAUUUUUCCAACAAUUGUUUACAGACAGAUUAUUUCACUUAUAAUUCACUGUAUCACAAUUUCAGUGGUCAGAAGUUUACAUACACUAAGUUGACUGUGCCUUUUUAAACAGCUUGGAAAAUUCCAGAAAAUUAUGUCAUGGCUUUAGAAGCUUCUGAUAGGCUACCUGACAUCAUUUGAGUCAAUUGGAGGUGUACCUGUGGAUGUAUUUCAAGGCCUACCUUCAAACUCAGUGCCUCUUUGCGUGACAUCAUUGGAAAAUCUAAAGAAAUCAGCCAAGACCUCAGAAAUAAAAUUGUAGACCUCCACGAGUCUGGUUCAUCCUUGGGAGCAAUUUCCAAACGCCUGAAGGUACCACGUUCAUCUGUACAAACAAUAGUACGCAAGUAUAAACACCAUGGCACCACGCAGCCGUCAUACCGCUCAGGAAGGAGACGCGUUCUGUCUCCUAGAGAUGAAUGUACUUUGGUGCGAAAAGUGCAAAUCAAUCCCAGAACAACAGCAAAGGACCUUGUGAAGAUGCUGGAGGAAACAGGUACAAAAGUAUCUAUAUCCACAGUAAAACGAGUCCUAUAUCGACAUAACCUGAAAGGCCGCUCAGCAAGGAAGAAGCCACUGCUCCAAAACCGCCAUAAAAAAGCCAGACUACGGUUUGCAACUGCACAUGGGGACAAAGAUCGUACUUUUUGGAGAAAUGUCCUCUGGUCUGAUGAAACAAAAAUAGAACUGUUUGGCCAUAAUGACCAUCGUUAUGUUUGGAGGAAAAAGGGGAAGGCUUGCAAGCCGAAGAACACCAUCCCAACCGUGAAGCAAGGGGGUGGCAGCAUCAUGCUGUGGGGGUGCUUUGCUGCAGGAGGGACUGGUGCACUUCACAAAAUAGAUGGCAUCAUGAGGAAGGAACAUUUUGUGGAUAUAUUGAAGCAACAUCUCAAGACAUCAGUCAGGAAGUUAAAGCUUGGUCGCAAAUGGGUCUUCCAAAUGGACAAUGACCCCAAGCAUACUUCCAAAGUUGUGGCAAAAUGGCUUAAGGACAACAGUCAAGGUAUUGGAAUGGCCAUCACAAAGCCCUGACCUCAAUCCUAUAGAAAAUGUGUGGGCAGAACUGAAAAGGCGUGUGCGAGCAAGGAGGCCUACAAACCUGACUCGGUUACACCAGCUCUGUCAGGUGGAAUGGGCCAAUAUUCACCCAACUUAUUGUGGGAAGCUUGUGGAAGGCUACCCGAAACGUUUGACCCAAGUUAAACAAUUUAAAGGCAAUGCUACCAAAUACUAAUUGAGUGUAUGUAAACUUCUGACCCACUGGGAAUGUGAUGAAAUAAAUAAAAGCUGAAAUAAAUCAUUCUCUCUACUAUUAUUCUGACAUUUCACAUUCUUAAAAUAAAGUGGUGAUCCUAACUGACCUAAGACAGGGAAUUUUUACUAGGAUUAAAUGUCAGGAAUUGUGAAAAACUGAGUUUAAAUGUAUUUGGCUAAGGUGUAUGUAAACUUCCGACUUCAACUGUAUGUUGCUUUAAAAGCACUUGCAAAUUAUAUUACUACGAGGAAAGAACUUCAGAAAAGGGGAGCUAGUUUGAAGAUGAAUUUCAGGUCUCUGCAUUUUGAAGACUGUGUUUAUAGUUUCAUCUACUUAUAUUUUGAUGUGAUGCUCUACAGAAAUGGUGACAAAAAUAUGCAGUGACAACAGCCACUGGUUUCUGCAUCCCGAGAGCAACCGAACAUGGACCAACUACACACGAUGCAACGAGCAUACUAAUGAAGGCAGAAUGGUACGUCACCGUCUAGAGAAAAAAAAUCUCAAAUGGAUGUUCCAGUAAUUCAAACGCAAUUGCUUGUUGCAUGUGAGGAAUGUCACUUUGCCCUCUUGCAGAAACUUCCAGAUGGCCAUUUUGAUUGAAUGGACAUUAAGCACUUGAACAUACUCUUUGCUCUUUGAUUAUAAGGGCAAUGUGACUUUAACUUACAAGAUCAUUUUGUAUUGAUUCAUCAAUGCAUUGCCAUCAUGUAGCUGGGUUUAGGGAAUUCAGAACACAUAAUAUGCCAGGGCAAUAUUAGGCUUAUUGUGUCUAAUCUCUUUCAGACUGCCAUGAAUUUAUUCUACUUGGCCCUCAUUGGUCACGGAUUGUCACUGACAUCCCUAUUAAUUUCCCUGGGAAUAUUUUUCUAUUUCAAGUGAGUAUAAACAAACUAAACAAUAUAACUAAUUUAAUACUCAAAGGUUUUGUUCCUGGAUCUGUUUUUAGACACAGACAGUUGAUGCUAAAUUACUUUUUCCCAUGUGUUUCUGUUUUUAACGCCACAAUGACAAAGUCUACUCCUUUCCCCUUUCGUGUAGGAGUUUAAGUUGCCAACGAAUCACCCUCCACAAAAACCUCUUCUUUUCCUUUGUAUUGAACUCGGUCAUUACCAUCAUCUGGCUGACCGCUGUGGCGAAUAACCAGGAGCUGGUACAAAGAAACCCAGUAAGUGGGUGGGUGGGUGGGUGGGUGGAUGGAUGGAUGGAUAAUGUCUUUGUAGAUUGAUCAUUUUAUAUGUAUAUUUUAAUAUGUAUAUUUUACAGCCACACACCAAUGCAAUGGCAGUAUACACACUGCUAAUUUGCUGCUGCCUUUAGAGAUUCAAAGAGUAAGCACAGAAAAACUGCAUGCCCUGGAUCAAACACAGUCCUUAUUUUUGCCCUAUGUUCUUUUUUCCAGACAAGCUGUAAAGUGUCCCAGUUUAUCCAUCUUUAUCUUUUUGGUUGCAACUAUUUCUGGAUGCUUUGUGAAGGGAUUUACCUGCACACCCUCAUCGUUGUUGCAGUGUUUGCUGAGAAACAGCACUUGAUGUGGUACUAUCUUCUCGGCUGGGGUAGGUCACUUAAGAUUUUGAUGUGAAGUUUGGACGUUAUUUCAUGGAAGUAACACUGUUUGACACGGACAACGGAUGUCUGUUGUUGUUUUUCAGGCUUUCCUCUAAUUCCAGCAUCUAUACAUGCAAUCGCUCGCAGUUACUACUACAAUGACAAGUGAGUUACGUUCUGAUACUUUAUUUGUACCACAAUUGUUUUCAGUGAAUGUAUCAUUUCUUAAACUACAAGCUAUUCAUACAGCAUAAUGCAAAUUGCUGUAAUGAGUUUCUAUUACAGCUACAAGUAUUCCCUACCCUGUAUAUAUUGCCUAUUAGAAUCCUGUUGGCACACUUCUAGAGUUUUCAAUCCAAUUUUGUGAAUAUAUUUCCUGUAAGCAGCUCCUGUUAAAUCAAAUUUAAACCAUAAAAGAAGGUGGCAGACCCUGAAUGCUAAUUUGUCUGUUCCCCUCCUACAGUUGUUGGAUAAGCUCCAACACUUCACUCCUCUACAUCAUCCAUGGGCCCAUCUGCGCUGCUCUGUUGGUAAGUCUGUAAUACAUUUAGGUGCAUGAAAACUAAAGCUAUAUUCCUGCUUCUCUUGAGUGCAAACUUAAAUGGAAAGGGGGUGCAGUGUUCAAGGAUGUUGUUUUCAUUUUUGUUUCCUUAUCUUGAACGUAGUCUAUGGACAAAAAGAGACCACACUUUGUUUUUGUUAAACUAGCCCAGGAAACAAAUAUCUAGAUAAAUAAUUUCACAGAACUAUCCUGUAGGUUGAUAGAUUUGUGACCCGCCCACGAGUCAUUUGGCAGAACAACGUGCCUUUGCCAUUCUAGGAAUGACCUGAUAAAACCACUGGUCCGUCUUCAAAGGAAACCGGACAAUCAAGCAUCCUCUUGUAGUUUGCAUUUAUUUUCUGAGUGUCCAAUCUGGUAUAGAGCUGCAUGUUUUAUCAGAUGUGCUGAUGUUUCUUUAUUUUUAGGAAUUCUGCCUGUUUUCUCCUUGUUUAGUCAAUUCAAGAAUUGUAAUGAAUAUUGUGUGAGUCCGCUCUCCACUAAUAAACUUAUCCGUGGUUCAGAAACGGAUAAGAAAUAAUGCACAAUUUUCUGACAUCAAGAAGUAAACACACUGUUAACAGUCGUGAACAGUAUUUCUUAUAUUCUUUAUGUAUUGAGGGUUCUUUGGAUAAACAUGUCCUCUCAAAGGCUAUAUUCUGACAAAUCUGUCCUUUUUCUCUCUCUAUCUCCUUCAAGGUGAACCUGUUCUUCCUGUUGAACAUUGUGCGUGUCCUGAUCACCAAGCUGAAGGUGACCCACCAGGCUGAGUCCAGCCUCUACAUGAAGGCGGUGCGCGCCACCCUGAUUCUGGUACCUCUCCUGGGGAUCCAGUACGUCCUGUUGCCCUACAAACCAGAGGGACGGGUCUCCUCUGAGAUCUACGACUACAUCAUGCACAUCUUAAUGCAUUAUCAGGUAAGACUAUCUAUUCUCUGCUAGUUACCCUAGCUCACAUAUAACAUGAUACAUUUCUAGGCUUACGGUAAUGUAUCUUCCAUAUUUCCAACCAAGGUUAGGAUGACUUUCGUGUAUGAUCUGCAUAGUAAUUUGGCAGAUGUUCUUGUCCAGAGUGAUGUACUGUCUGUAAGUGCAUACUAAGGUGUCGGGGGGGGGAAUAACCAUACCCCUUCUGAAGUAAGCAGCAGUAACAUUCCCAUUGCCACAAUAUAACUGAAGUAGCCAAACGCAGUCGUCUGAAGCCACCGUCUCUUAUUGUGUUCUCUUAUUAUUGGAUUAAGACCAGGUCGACGCCCUAUUAGCCUUUGACUUAUGCGUCUUUAUCUCAUGGCCUGUGGAAGAAAGUAUAAAUCAUUGUCUGGGAGGGGAGGAGGAGGGUUGAAUUCUGCAACUCAUGAUGAGGUACAGUCGGUGCCUUCUCGUGCCAGGCUGAAUCAGCUCAAUAAAUCAUACAUUACAACGGCUCUCUCUUUCCCUGCUCUCUCUCUCUGUACCCCUCUCUCUCGCCCUCGUUUUACAUGCUCCUCGAGAGGGCCGCUGCCAAAAUGCAUCAAAGUUGGCAAAAUCAGCAUUCUGCCCCCCGGCUCGACUGUUUUGGGUGUUUGAGAGCUUGAGACAUUCUCCCAGGGCGUUAAAGCGAUGGGUUUAUCACAGAUAAGCACUGACUAGGCUCCCUUGUUUGCUUUAUUUUCUCAGGGGCUGCUGGUGGCCACCAUCUUCUGCUUCUUCAACGGAGAGGUAAGAUUCUGACCCACAUUAAUUUAUCAGGUUUUCUGAAAUCCCAGAUAAAGAAUUCUAGGUUGGAGGAUUCCCUUGCAGCUUAUUCACAGGGAAUUUUGUGACCAUUUCAAGAAAUUUUGCGACCCUCUCCUCCCCUGUACAUUCUUGUCCUCUGUUCCCUGUGCGAUCAAGCCGAGGUUAGGCAACUUCCUCUGUGCAAACCCUACCCGGGAUGUGACCUGACCUGGGGAUGCAUCUGGGGAAGUUGACCUUCCAGAGCAUUUCAUGGGAGCUUGUGGGCCUCUGGAGAUGAUUCUCUCAGAUUGAAGAUCAUUAAAGCAUUGGCAGGCAUUCAGAGACAGUCAAGGGACAGUCCACAGAGUGGUAUGAGCAGUGCCGAUUUGAUUUGAUUUAUUUGAUUUAUUAAGAUCCCCAUUAGCCAAUGCCAACGGCGAUAGCUAGUCUUACUGGGGUCUGACAUAUAACGAAAAAGACAUUAGAGACAAAAUACUUUACAAUUUACAUACAUUUAAAAACAUUAACAUGAAGUGUGUGUGUAUGCAUCUAUCAGUUACACAUAAAUGUCAGUACAUACACACAACAAGUAGGUCACAUGGGGGAGAGGCGUUGUGCUGUGAGGUGUUGCAUUAUUUGUUUUUUGAAACCAGGUUUGCUGUUUACUUACGAAUUUCCUUGAAUUGAGAGGGUUUCUUACCUAAUUAGUUAUUUGUGUUUGGAUUGGGGUUGCUUUACGGAACACAUGAAGUGGUCAAGGGUUAAUAUGGUAAUUGUGAAUGCCUGGGUGAUGGCCAGGCAAAUACUGUAUUAGGAUACAUGGAUGGUCUUGCAAUUAGGGUUCAUUCAUUACUAGUAAUUUAUUACUAAUUGUAUUGAUUUAUUUUCUGUUUUCUUAUGGUCGAAAUCGUGUCUUGGUAGGUGCAAGGGGUUCUGAGGAGACAUUGGAACCAGUACCGUAUCCAGUUCGGAAGCACCUUCGCCCACUCAGAUGCCAUGCGGUCUGCCUCGUACACAGCUUCGUCCAUCACCGAGGUCCAGGGCUGCUACAGCAUCGACAGCCACACAGAACACUUGAACGGCAAGGGGGGCUGCCUCGACAUCGAGACCUCCAUCUUAAAAUCAGAGAACCCGUUCGACUGAGGAUAGGAUGAUUCUACUGACGGGAUUAACAACAGAAGCUCUGGGCCACUUGUAUAUGCACAAAAAUAAAUAAAAAAUAAAAUUUUGCUACCUUCGAUUAACACAUUGAAAUGGGCACUUAAUAUUUUUAUCAGCUUAGUGAGAAUCACUUUCUGGCACCCUUUUUCAAGUAUCCAUGUAUGAAGCUUCUUUGCUGC